GUAUGGAACCGUGGGAGAGCUUUCUCAAUCAACAGGAGGACACUAAUAACUGUACAGAAUCUGUGAAGUUUGAUGCUCACUCAAUGACCGCUUUGCUUCCUCCGAAUCCUAAAAAUGGCCCAACUCUUCAAGAGAAAAUGAAGUCUUUCAAAGCUGCACUGAUUGCCCUUUAUCUCCUUGUGUUUGUAGUUCUUGUACCUAUCAUCGGAAUAGUGGCAGCUCAACUCCUGAAAUGGGAAAUGAAGAAUUGCACAGUUGGUUCAGUUAAUGCAAAUGAUAUAUCUCCAAGUCUCGCAGGAAAAGGAAAUGACAGUGAAGAUGCAAUGAGAUUUCGAGAAGUCAUUACGGAACACAUGAGCAACAUGGAGAUGAGAAUCCAAUAUCUUUCAGAUAAUGAAGCCAAUCUCAUAGAUGCCAAGAAUUUCCAAAAUUUCAGUGUAACAACCGAUCAAAGGUUUAAUGACAUUCUUCUCCAGCUAAGUUCCUUACUUUCCUUCAUCCAGGGACAUGGAAAGGUAAUAGGUGAAGUCUCCAAGUCAUUAAUAAGUCUGAACACCACACUGCUUGAUUUGCAGCUCAGUAUUGCAACACUGAAUGCCAAAGUCCAAGAGAAUGCAUUUAAACAACAAGAGGAGAUGAGCAAAUUAGAGGAGCGUGUGUACAAUACAUCAGCAGAAAUUAAGUCUCUUGAAGAAAAACAAGUGCAUUUGGAACAGGAAAUAAAAGGAGAAGUGAAACUGUUGAAUAACAUCACUAAUGAUCUCAGGCUGAAGGAUUGGGAACAUUCUCAGACAUUGAAAAAUAUCACUUUAAUUCAAGGUCCUCCUGGACCUCCAGGUGAAAAAGGAGAUAGAGGUCCCACUGGAGAAGUUGGUCCACGAGGCACUCCAGGUCCAGUAGGUCCUCCAGGUCUUAAAGGUGAUCGGGGAUCCAUUGGUUUUCCUGGAAGUCGAGGAUUCCCAGGAUCAGCGGGGAAGACCGGGAGGCCAGGAAAUUCUGGACAAAAAGGCCAGAAGGGGGAAAAAGGGAGUGGAAGCAUGCUAACACCGUCUAAGACAGUUCGACUGGUUGGUGGUAGCGGCCCUCACGAAGGCAGAGUGGAAAUUUUCCAUGAUGGCCAGUGGGGUACAGUUUGUGACGACCGCUGGGAAUUGCGUGGAGGACAGGUCAUCUGUAGGAGUUUGGGAUACCAAGGUGCUCGAAAUGUGCAUAAGGGAGCUCAUUUUGGACAAGGUACUGGUCCAAUAUGGCUGAAUGAAGUAUUUUGUUUUGGGAGAGAAUCAUCUAUUGAAGAGUGUAAAAUUAGACAAUGGGGUGUGAGAGUCUGUUCACAUGCUGAAGAUGCCGGGGUCACUUGCAAUAUAUAAUGCACCAUAUUUUCAUUCACAUUUAUGAAAUUGCUGCAAAAUGAUUUUUAUUACUUUGCUUCAUUAAAAUCAGCUUAAUGAAUAUUUAAGAGAUUAAUAAUUUUGUCCACGGAAAAGGAAUAUUUAAAAAUCAGUGGAUAAACAUAUAAAAUACCUUCAUAAUUACUAUAUGUCUAUAUCUGAACCAUUCUAACUUCUCUAAGUUUUCAAAUGG